CGCUGCAAACCCACCUUGAAAUGAGAAUCGUUCAGGGGAAGAUUCUGGCAAUUUACAGCUGUGCCAGUUCCACUAUGUAAUGUCGUGGAGGAGUGUUCGUUGAGCAAACGUGGCCUUUGUUGGAGGUAUUGAUCUGAUUGAUUUUGCCGGCCGAAUAAUAAUAGUCUUCUCGUCCUUGUCCGCGUGCGAUGUGCAUGUUUACGUUCUUUCUGCUAUGUAAUACUACUCUUCUCAAUCGACUCUUGGUGCAAAAUGUCAAGCCUUACUGCUGAACCUAUCAUGCCUGAUUACACCGCUGAAUAUCAAGAGUCAUCGACAUCUUAUGAAGUACCACCAUGCGAAGCGGGAGAUAGCUGUAAUCUUCCAACAGACAUCGUUCUACGCUCCUCAGAUGGCACGCGGUUCGGUGCUCAUAUCAGAAACCUCGAAAUCUACAGCGACGGCUUCCCUAUGGCAAACUCUGUCGUCAACUCGCACGAAGACGUCGAGCUAUCUGAGGAUUCCGAUGUUGUUAUGCUCCUUCUCAAGUUCAUGCAUCACCAGCCUCAGCCGGAUCUUUCACUCCUUGCGUCAAAGUUGCUCAUCAAGUUUGCGAAUGCGGCGGAGAAGUAUGGGGUUUAUUGUGCAACGGGGGUUUGUAAGGUGAUGAUUGGCAUUUCGGUCAAUGAUCAACCAUUCGAUGCAUUCCUGUAUGCGCAGAAACACGGUUAUUCAUCCAUAAUGGACAAGGCCGGAAAACUAGCCUUAACCCAAGAACCCGCCAGAUUUUUCGCUUAUGCCCAUAGUAUCGGAGACACCACUUGGCGGGAUCUGGCUGAACUUGAAACACAUAAUAUCCCUACCAAAGAAGUCUUUGAAGCUCUCAAACAAUACCCGGACUGGCCACCAAUCUUUGGUGCAUGGUAUUACAAACGUGAACUCAUGCGCGAAGCGAUCUUCGAUACUCUCAAGAAUCCCAUCCCAGUACAACACAAAGGAGGACAAAUGCGCUGCGCCGAUUGGUAUCCAUUCCAUAUCGAGGUGCUCAGUAAGAUGGGUACUGCAGUUCCCAGCGAGAAAUCGUUUCUCCAAGUACUCGAAAGCUCUCUUCCACGUCUCAAUGGGUGUGGUCACUGUCACAUUGUCGUUAAUAGCAUGAAGAUCAGGAUGAGUGGUCUGAGCGUCAUUGCGAGGAGAGCUUUAACGUCGUUCUUGAAAUGACAGCCUGUCAUUUCAAGAACGACGUUAGGUAGGUAAAUAUUGUUCUUGAACAAUUUUACGAGCUGUUCCUCCGCCGGGGUCCAGGUCUAUC